ACUUAUGAAUUUAUGAACUCUUGAAGAUGAUGUAUGCUUAUAUGAGUUGGUAAUUUCCAUGGGGUAUUUUAAAAUCGUCAUUGUACAAUCUCACCUCGCUACUAUUAAAGAAGGGAAUAUCUAAGGUUAAGGAUUUCCAUAAUUUUGUUUGUGACGUCAGUAUCCUGGCCGGUGCACUCAUCAGUCAAUCUGGAACAUACAUAUGCUGUGAUUGUAGUACAGAAAUGUCACGUCCAGGUCCUUCCUACGCUAAUGUUGCUCCACAGCCUCGGGACAGAGAAAGAAAUUUGCCUAGCAAUGAACCUUGCAAGUGUACAAUUUGUCAUGAUGGAGAAUCAUGUAGUAGUGAUUAUCUCAGGGCAAUAUCAGAUGAAAAACCGCCAAGGCCAUGUCCGAGAUUUACAAACAAAUUUUCCCCUGAAAAAUCAUUCAGUGAUUCAGCGGUUCCAUGCAAAACACCAAAGCAUGAUACUAAGACAAUGAGGAUUCUUGAUAUUCCGUUACCUUUACCAACGAAACAAAGUAAAAACAAUUCUAGUGAUUCAUCCGCACGUUUGGUGAAGACAGCUCAUAAUAUUCCAACUCAUCGCAAACCAUCUGACGUCCUACCUGUUCCUAAUGACAGGGUGUCUACUCAGCCCCUAAUACCCGAUCAUCGGAUCAAUCAUACGUGUUCGAUAGGAAAAGAUAAAAAUCAAGAUGAAUUAUCAGGAUUCGAAAUAACGCUACCUCGGAGGAAAAGUGAUUUAAGAAAAAAGAAGAAACAAGAGCCAAUGAAAGUGCAUUUGUGGAUGAAAAUUGGAACUAUAGUUUUAUCUUUGUUAUUCAUUGGAUUGUUAUAUUUAGUAACAAAUAGAGUGCGAGAGGUUUUCUUUGUAUUACAUCAACAUGAAAGACAAAUACAACAUAUUUGGAAUUUUUCCGAACCAGAAGAAUCCAAACUUGAUACGACAGUUUGUUUUCCCUGUGAUCUGACUCAAGAGUUUAGGAGUGAAACAUUGAAACAAAAAGAAUUCGAGAUGUACGGUUUUAAAACAGCUGAGAAACAUCACUGUUGUAUGGAUCAGCUAGGACACACAAAGUGGAUGAUUAAUAUGAUGAGCGCAAAUGAGAUCUUGGAACAUACUUCGAAACAGAACAAGCAUGUGUGUUCAGUUAAGUCAACACAAGUAAAUAUCCAAAGCCAGUGUUCAGUGAAUGGUACGGCAAUUCUACAAAUGAACAAUACACAUUUCAAGAAAAGUUGUAAAGGAGCUGGGAUAGAGGUUGCAAAAAACUUUUUACAGGCCAAUGAGACGGGACUAUAUAUUGUAUAUAUGACAAUGACAGUUACUUUAAACCCUGAAAUGAGCACAUGUAAAAGCAACAGAAACACCGGAAACAAGGAAAUAAAAGCACAUCUUCAUUGUGCAAAAUCUAGAAGACCGAAAUGUAUCGAAAUGGAAACCGUCAGUACAACCAGAAUAACUGCAGAUUCAUAUCACGUCUUCAAUUUUUUCACGUUGAAACACCUUCAAGCAGGAGAGAAGUUUUUUCCUCAACUGUCCCACCCGUCGUUACUUUACUCGAUGAAAUACGGAAAUUAUAUCGGAGUUGUACAAGUGUGACGAAUGGUCAAAUGGACUUACCAUGACUGAAAAAUAUAGGAACACUUUGUGACAUUGACGUGGAAAAUUACUUAUCGAAUGAUAUAAACAUAGGAAAUAGGUAUCAUUUCAUCCGAUAUCGUUUAGUAAUUUACCUUCUGAUGACAUUGAGUUAGUAGCCUGCCUAAAUAAUGUUAUUAUGGACUAUCUGUUCCUUGUUGGUAAGAGAGUAAGAUAGGGACGGCCGGAGUACAGAAUAUGUUGAAAGAAAAGUGCGUAUACCUUAUAUUGCUUGACAAAAUUAAGAUAGAAAUUUCGAAGUGUUACAUUCAUAAGUGGGCAAUAAAACACAGCAAAUGUAAUAACAGAACAAAAUUCGAUUUUAAACUAUCGUCACGAUUUUAAGAUUUUAAGCAAUAGAAGGUAUCUUUAUUUUGUGAUAUAUCCAUUUUGUGCCAAUAACUAUAUUGCAUAGUCGUCAGCUCAUUUCUUACAGUUAAUGAAAUUGUAUAUAAAUUUAUAUAUAUAUAUAUAUAUAUGUAUAGUAGCAUAUUAUUUUUGUUAAACAUAUGAAAGCUCGCUUGACCUGAUAACUGUA